AUGGAAUCGAGCGUUCUGGAAUGUCUGGGAGUGGAAAUAAUCGGGGUUAUGAGUCCGGUGUCGAUAUGCAUGUUCCUGGUGGUUCUCUUGGUCUACGCCCUCUCCUCGCCGUCCUCCUCCGCCGCUACCAUCACCACCGCCGCCAACCUCGUCUACGCUGAGAACCCUACCGACAGCGCCGCGCAGAAGUUCGAGGGCGCGCUCCUCAACGCUGUCGUCUUCGUCGGCCUCAUCGCGCUCGUUACCUUCCUCCUCGUCCUCCUCUACUACUACAAUUGCACCGCCUUCCUCCGCCACUACACGCGCUUCUCUGCCUUCUUCGUCCUUGCCUCCAUGGGCGGAUCCAUCCUCCUCUCCCUCCUCCAGCGUUUCUCCAUCCCCCUCGACGCGAUAACCUCCUUGCUUCUGCUCUUCAAUUUCACCGUCGUCGGAGUCCUCUCCGUCUUCUCCGGCGGGAUCCCGAUUCUGCUCCGCCAGGGGUACAUGGUCUGCCUAGGGAUCAUCGUCGCCGUGUGGUUCACCAAAUUGCCCGAGUGGACCACGUGGACUCUCCUUGUCGCGCUUGCGCUAUACGAUUUGGUCGCCGUUCUCGCCCCCGGCGGCCCGCUUAAGCUCCUGGUCGAUUUGGCGUCCAGCCGGAACGAGGAGCUGCCGGCAUUAGUCUACGAGGCGCGUCCGACCGUCGCUGCCCGAAAUCCUGCCGCUUUAGGGUUUCUUGUCGCCGGGGUUUCGGAUUCUGAAGCUUCUAGAGUUGAACUUCAGGUAGUUUCUAGAGAUAAUGUAAAUAACAACGAUAAUGUCAGUAAUGAUGAUGAUGAUGACGACAAUGCUGUGAAUCAUGGUAGGAACGAUGGAGGGGAAAGGUCCCCGUUAGUUGGUGGAGUGAGAUUUGGUGAGGUUGUUAUUGAUGAGGAGAUGUCUCCCCUUGUUGAGACGGGUGUAGAUGAGGAAGGGGAGAGGGUGAUGAGGGAGAUUGGUGGGGAGAGGGGGAUUAAGCUUGGCCUUGGGGACUUUGUUUUCUACAGUGUUCUUGUGGGGAGAGCUGCCAUGUAUGAUUUAAUGACAGUUUAUGCGUGUUACCUUGCCAUUAUUUCGGGACUAGGGUGCACGCUAAUUUUGUUGUCCGUGUGUCGGCAGGCCCUGCCUGCGCUUCCAAUUUCGAUUGCCUUGGGGGUUCUGUUCUAUUUUUUGACGCGGCUGCUGAUGGAGCCCUUCAUUGUUGGGACUGCCACCAAUUUGAUGAUGUUUUAA